UUUUCAAAACAUGGCUGCAAAUGUGAGACAGAGGACCGUUCAUGGACAGUCAAAAAACGUUGAAAAUAAUCACUUUUUCGAUGCUGAUCUAGACAAAACUAACGGUCGAGAGAGGAGAUAUCUCAAGGAAUAUAUAUGGCUAAUAGUUUUCUUAUUUGUAGGCUCAUGUUUUGCAAUAAUUCACUUUGAGGACAACCGUUUCCCUGAAGCCAAAACUGUUGCCAAUGCAAACCCUGAGGAUUUUGUUGAGGAAAGGGCAAGACAGUAUCUCCUUAGUUUAACAGACUUAGGUCCAAGACCUGUAGGUAGCCAUGCAAACGAAGUAUUGGCACCUAAAAUACUUCUUGAACAUCUUCAUCAAAUUAAAUCAAGAUUAUCUCCAGCCAGUGAACUGGAAAUAGAUGUUCAAAAUGUAACAGGCUCGUUUACGCUUAAAUUUCUGGGGGAAUUCUCCAGCUAUUACGAAAAUGUGAACAAUGUCCUUGCAAAACUUGGCCCUAAGGGAGGAUCACAGCACAGUCUACUUGUCAACUGUCAUUAUGAUUCUGUGAUAGACAGUCCAGGUGCAAGUGAUGAUGCUAUUAGUUGCGCCCUCAUGAUGGAAGCCCUCAACGUUCUAGCCACUAGGCCCUAUGCCCUACCCCACAAUGUUAUCUUUAUAUUCAACGGGGCUGAAGAAAAUAUUCUACAGGCCAGUCAUGGAUUCAUCACUCAGCACCCCUGGGCUAAAUCUGUCCGUGCAUUCUACAACCUCGAAGCAGCUGGGGCGGGAGGACGAGAACUAGUCUUUCAGACAGGUCCGGAACAUCCUUGGUUGAUUCAGACGUAUGCACAGUCAGCAAAAUAUCCAUUUGCUUCCAUAUUUGGUCAGGAAGUAUUCGAGAGUGGACUUAUUCCAUCAGAUACAGAUUUUAGGAUAUACCGUGACUAUGGAGGUGUUCCAGGUAUUGAUGUAGCCUAUGUGUCCAAUGGUUAUGUCUACCACACCAAGUAUGAUGACCCAGAUAGAAUUCCACCAGGCUGCAUGCAGAGAGGAGGUGAAAAUUUGCUGUCAAGUAUCAAGGCUCUUGCCUCCUCUCCAUAUUUGGCAGAACCUGGUGAAUAUCGUCAUGGAACAAUGGUGUUCUUUGAUUUCAUUGGUUAUUUCCUGGUGUUGUAUCCUGAGAGAAUGGGAAUCAUCCUCAACAGUAUGACAGUCCUGGUUGUCUUCAUAGGGAUACUCAGGAAAGUAGUGGGAAGAGACAAGAUGCAACAACAGGGAUUCCAAGGAUCACUUUAUAUUAAACAUUUGAUGAUAGCUGCUGGAUUCUUGCUGUUUAACUGGACCUUAGUGAUCUUGACGUCUUUAGCUUUGGGCUUCUUCAUGUAUACAGUGGGUCGCCCCAUGUGCUGGUUUUCCCACCAUUUGUUCAUGGUACCCAUGUAUGUAGUACCAGGAGUUCUGCUCUCCCUCACUCUACAUAGCUUUAUAAAGGAGAAGUUUUAUAAGAAUGUAUUCGAUUUAUACAAUGUUGAGAGGGUUUACUUUGAUGCACACAUCUGCAUGGUAUCCCUCCUACUUGGCUUUAUGACAUACAAGGGAGUCUGUUCUGCUGUUAUUGUGCUAGUCUGGGUCCUGUUCCCAUUAUGUAUCAGGGACAGGGGGUGUCAGUUUCUCAAUGUUAAAUUAUCAGGUAAUCCAACAAAAUUGCUCACAGUUCAUCUAGUCUCAUUGGCAUUCCCUAGUCUGAUAGGAAUGUACCCUAUAUACGGGGUAACUGAAAUGUUUGUGCCUGUCAUGGGGAGGGUAGGCACUGAGGCCAUCCCAGAUGUCUUCAUCGCAGGCCUUAUGGCAGUAUCAGUUGUAUCACAUAUGGGAUACCAUAUUGGGUUGAUCUAUAUUACUGAGAAUCUCUCUACUUUACGCAGAGGGCUGUUAGCAAUUUUUCUAUUUUUCCUUGCCCUGAUGCUGUUUACACCAUUAGGCUUUCCAUAUCGUGCCAAUGAGCAAUUUCCAACUAAACAACGAUCCAUUCUUCAUCAUAUAGAUAGACGCAUCCAUAAUUUAGAAGGCCAAAUCACCAAAGAAGAUUCAGGGAUCUGGCUGAUUCCAUUUGACCAGUAUUCUAUAGAACCAUUAAAGCAGGCUAAUGUCUCUGCUUUACAAAAUGUAACCCCCCUAGAAUGCUCAGGUCCCUAUUGUGGUGUACCAUACUAUUUCCCUAUGUUAAUGUUAAUGAGAACUACCUAUUACCUGCCUGCUCCCAAACUAAAUGCAGAACCUAGAGUGGCUAUGACUUGGAACAGGGAGAUUAAUGGAAACAGGCAGAGGCUCACUUUUGAAGCUACAGGGCCCAAUCACAUCAAUGUGUUCAUCCAACUUCGAGAUGGUGUUUCUAUUGUUGAGUGGUCUAUAGGAUCAGGUCACCCCUCCCCCACAUUGACACCAGAUGGUAUCAAAGAACAAACCUAUUUCAUCUAUUAUUCAUAUGGCAGUAAACCCCAGGGACCCUGGAAGUUCUGGAUAGAUGUUCAAGUUUCUCCUGAUGUGGACACAUCUAACGGUAUUCUUGAGCUGGCCUUAGCAGGUCACUACGCCUAUGGACCGUACAAGAUGACAGCACCAAUGCAAGAGUUCAUAGACACUCUACCUGACUGGAGCUACCCUGUAGGCUGGUCAGCCACAUAUGACUCUUGGGUGUUUUAGACAUGACAACAUAGAAGCAAAUC